AUGUCCUUUGGAGAGAACAACCUCGGCGCAGCAUGGACCGAGAUAUCAGAUGAAACGAAUGUGUCUCUCGGCAAUAUGAACGGUGGUUCGGCGCUCAAUUACCUGCUACUUGGGUUUGUCAACGUUUUGUGGAUUCCGACGGCGAUGAAAUGGGGCCGCAAAGUCGUGUAUAUCGCUAGCAUGACUAUCAAUAUGUGUACGGCCGUCUGGAAUGCCUACUUUUAUGGUACAGCCCAGUGGUACCUCAAUUGUGCCGUCGGAGGGCUGGGAACGAGUGCUUAUGAAGCAAUCAUUCAGCUUACUGUCUUUGACAUUUUCUUCGCACACCAACGUGGUACUGCGUUGGCUUUUUAUAUCUGGGGCCAACAAUUAGGCAGUAUUCUGGGGUUGAUUUUGGGCGGCUAUAUUGCACAGGGUCCUGGCUGGAGAUGGAGUUGCCAGAUAGUUGCCAUUUUAAGCGCUGCGGUGAUAGUUCUGUUUAUUUUCACAUUUGACGACUCGCUGUUCCCCCGCCACGUUUUGCAAGUAUCUACCUCGAAUACGACUUCUGAUACCAUCUCGACAAAUGCAACGAAGAAUCCCGUAGCCUCCAAUGCUCCGGUUGAGGACAAUGUAGAAUCGUCACCACGGAACUAUUGGCAUGUGCUUGCACCUAUACAUCGGUUCAGGCAAGACCACACUACUUGGUGGCAAUACUUCCGACGUCCAUUCUUUUUGUUCCUUUUCCCAAACAUUGUUGUUGCUGGUUUGAUAUUCGCUUUCGGAUGUACUGCAGGCAUUGUGUCUUUCAAUACAAUUUCCGAGAUUAUGACCGACGAUCCGUAUGACUGGGGGACUGGGCCGACCGGAUUGAUGUUCAUCGCAGCCCUCGUCGGCUUUGGUACUGGCUCCCUGGGCGAUCGCAUUGUCAUCCAACUAGCCCGCCGCAACAACGGCUACAAAGAGCCCGAGAUGCGCUUGUGGACUUUGGGUUUUAGCUUCAUCUAUGGAGCUGUCGGAUAUUUCAUGUAUGGCUGGGCCGCCAAAGCCGGUGAAUCAUGGGCCCUUAUCGCCGUUGGUCUAGGUGGGAUGAUCGCGCAGCAGGUCUCUGCUACCAGUAUUGCUACGACUUAUGCAAUGGAAUGCUUUGAAGGGAUUUCAGGAGAGCUCGUCGUCGUACUAGCCAUCUGCUCUUCAUGCAUCAACUUCGCCAUGUCAUACUCUGUCCAACCUCUCAUCGACGCGACGGACUACGGGCGCGCCUUUAGCUUUUUUGGUUGCUUGGUUUUGGGCUCUGUCGCGCUCGCAAUCCCAACUGCGAUCUGGGGCAAAUCGUGGCGACGCAGGUGCGCAUCUGCUUAUUACAAGUUUAUUCAGGAGGCUGCCCCCAUUUAG